AUGGCCAAUUCUUCAAGAGUUGCUGAGAUUUUUCAACAGGCCUCAAAUGCAACAGGCGGAUUCNCGGAACAAAAAGAAAAUGUGAAAUGGUCAGAGACAGAGAUCGAACAGCUCAAAGAAGCCGUUGCCCGCUUUGGUAAUGAUCUGGGGAAAAUCGCUGAGGCCAUUGAAACAAAGACUGUGUCACAAAUAAAACAAAAAGUAAAAUCUAAGGCCUUCCAAGAAGCUGGUUUAAGUGAAGGGGAGCCAACUGAACCAGGGCAAAAAUCUGAGGAUCCCGUUUCCACCACUGAAGCACCAUCCGGUAAUCAAACACCAGUGCGUCCUCGACUAAAAGAAUUCUUGGAUAUUGCCGACCCAGCGGAAUCGAAACGAGAUAAACCCGAGUCCGAACGCCCCGCAUCGCUUAAUCCUCCCUCUUCUGCUGAUGUGAAAAACGAUGGUGUCUUCUUCAAGCGCCAAGUGCGGCCAAAUUCUGGUGCAGUAACCGCAGCUGCUGGUUCUGCUAGUGUGCCAAAUGCGAACCCCACUGGCGGCGGAGUUCUCAAAACGCUUGUCAAUCAUCCGGCUUCAAUUUCGACAAAACCCAGUAUACGAUUUGAUGCAAAUCCAACUGUUUCAGAUGUUUCCCAGUCCAAGUAUGAAGAGUAUGAGGAUGGUGAAGACGGAGACGAUACGGAUGGGUAUGGAGACUAUGACUUCGACGAUGAAGACGGCGGUGAAGAUGAAAGUGCAAGGGCCAAUUCAGACGAUGAUUAA